GCGGCGCGUGUCGAUGCCUCAAUCUCCGUCCUGGUCGACCUGACCGGCGCCAACGAGCGCAUCUUCAAGUCUCCGAUCCCGCUCCUCUACACGCGGCUGCUGUCGCGCUUCCUCACCGCGUUCCUGCUGCUGCUACCGCUCGCGCUCUGGCAGGCGAGCGGCGAGAGUCAGACAGAGCCCUUCUCGGUGCUGCCCCUCGAGGCGUUUUGCAACGGCGCCAUCGCCGCGACGUCGCAGGAGCUGCGUUCCCGGUCGGGUGACACGGAGUCGGAGUGA